AUGUCGGCGUCCUUCUCCAUCCAGCCCAUAGGCCGCUUUGCUGGCGAAAGCCAGGCUGUCAAGAGACCCAAGGAAUUUGCCUGCUUCUCCUAUGACGACAACCAUGAGUUCCAUCUGGACGCUUCAUCCCUCAAGUACUACUACACGCCACAGCUUGGCGCAGAUCUCUCAAAGGGCUUUGACACCUUUCAGAAGCAGGAUGAUAGUGGUGAUGAGCACCUAGACAGCUUGCUCAAGACCAUCAUCGCCUAUGAAAAGGAGACGGGCAAGAAGAUUGAUGCCCAUCUUGUCACUUGGAGAGGCAUGAUGACCAAGAUCAUGGCAGCACCUUUUGAAGAUAGGGACGGCUUCGAAAUGAAUGCCACGCUAUAUCAAGAAAAUCAUGCCUACAAGGUCGCCUCAAGAGCCAACGAGGGAAAUGGCAAACGCAGAAGAGGCCCCCCUCUGGAGGUGAUGCAAUUUUGGGGAUACAAGUUUGAGACGCUCUCAACACUGCCAAGUCCAUGGGCAGAGACUUCUCGCGAAUUCAUCGAAAACCGCGAGAACGAAAUCGUCAACAACAAAGCCCAGUACUGCUCCGUUGUCCGCACAGGUAUCGGCAAGACAGUCCUGUGCCUUGGUGGCGAAGUCGAUGCCAUCUGGGACUCAAAGCCCGAAGAGCCAGGCAAGCCCAUCAACUGGGUAGAGCUCAAGACAUCUGCAGAGAUCCGAAACCCAGGCGACAUGGAGAACUUCAACCGCAAGCUCAUGAAGUUCUGGAUCCAGUCCUUCCUCCUCGGCGUCCCACAUAUCGUCGUCGGUUUCCGCACCCGUGACGGUGUCCUGGUCAGCACCCAAGACAUAGAGACGCACAGGAUCCCUGAGACGGUCAAUGCCCAGCCGAACCCCAAGUGGAACGCCGACAUGUGCGUCAAUUUUGCCGCCACUGUACUCGAGUGGCUAACACAGAACAUCAACGACGAGGGCGUCUGGAGAAUACAGCGUCGACCACAAUCGCCAACUAUCGAGCUGUUCAAGGUGGAGGAGACGGGUCAUGGGGAUAUCCUGUCUGACGAGUUCAAAAACUGGAGGAUCAAGCUGGCUCUUGGCCCGAGCGAUGAAACGUAA